AUGACAAUUAUCACGAAAGCACCAACAAUCCCAUCGUUGCAAGAGUCAGGGAAAUGUAUAUCGUUACUAUUCGAAGAUUGGAUUCUGGAUAAUCUGGUGGAUGCGGAAAGAUUGGAGUGUUAUUUUGGGCAACGAAUGAAGAUACCUAGGCAUUCUCGGUAUUGUACUUUCUUCACGAAUAGUAUCAUCUCCAAUGUCAGCAUUGUUUACCACUGGCUGAGUUUCUCCAGAGAGCACCGCUUCAUCCAUCAUACAUCAGACUCAUGCCAAGACAGCAGGAUUGUGGGUGUCAGUUAUCAACGUUAUCUUGUUUGCCCCGCGGUACUGAUACAUGUCGUGGAGAAGAUGGUGAUGAACAGAGUCCAAGCAAAGAUGUCAUCUCCUCAGACUGAAUCUUGA